UGGGGGUCUCACCGCUAGAGAGGCGAAGUGAAGUGGUCUUUUAUAAUUAACUCUUCGUGAAGGCUUGUCCCACUCCGUUUUGAAAUUUUAAGGUGCAGUUUUUAUGUGCCCAGUAGUUUUUAGUGCAGUAGUUUAAUUAUAAAUCACAACAACAAUGUGUGACGACGAAGUUGCUGCGUUGGUCGUAGACAAUGGCUCAGGAAUGUGCAAGGCUGGGUUCGCGGGCGACGACGCGCCCCGAGCCGUGUUCCCCUCCAUCGUGGGACGACCGAGGCACCAGGGUGUGAUGGUGGGCAUGGGUCAGAAGGACAGCUAUGUCGGUGACGAGGCCCAGUCCAAACGAGGUAUCCUCACACUCAAGUACCCCAUUGAACACGGUAUUGUGACCAACUGGGAUGACAUGGAGAAGAUCUGGCACCACACAUUCUACAACGAGCUGAGAGUGGCUCCUGAGGAACACCCUGUACUACUCACAGAGGCUCCCCUCAACCCCAAGGCCAACAGAGAGAAGAUGACACAGAUCAUGUUUGAGACAUUCAACACACCUGCCAUGUACGUGGCAAUCCAGGCUGUGCUGUCCCUGUACGCCUCUGGUCGAACCACUGGAAUCGUGCUGGACUCUGGUGAUGGUGUCUCUCACACAGUCCCCAUCUAUGAAGGUUAUGCACUGCCCCACGCCAUCCUCCGUCUGGACCUUGCCGGUCGGGACCUGACAGACUAUCUCAUGAAGAUCCUGACUGAGAGAGGCUACAGCUUCACUACAACAGCUGAACGAGAAAUCGUGCGUGACAUCAAGGAGAAGCUCUGCUAUGUUGCCCUAGACUUUGAGCAGGAGAUGGCAACUGCUGCAUCUUCUAGCUCACUGGAGAAGAGCUACGAACUUCCUGAUGGUCAGGUGAUCACUAUUGGCAACGAGCGUUUCCGUUGUCCGGAAGCCAUGUUCCAACCUUCCUUCCUUGGUAUGGAAGCUAAUGGUCUUCAUGAGACAACAUACAACUCCAUCAUGAAGUGUGACGUGGAUAUCCGUAAGGACCUCUACGCCAACACAGUACUCUCCGGAGGUACCACAAUGUACCCAGGCAUCGCUGACAGGAUGCAGAAGGAGAUCACCGCACUUGCCCCAUCCACCAUGAAGAUCAAGAUCAUCGCUCCACCUGAGAGGAAAUACUCCGUAUGGAUUGGAGGCUCCAUCCUGGCUUCCCUCUCCACCUUCCAGCAGAUGUGGAUCUCCAAGCAGGAGUAUGAUGAGUCAGGUCCCUCUAUCGUGCACAGGAAGUGCUUCUAAAUGCCUCAUUUCCAGUCCCCGAGGCAACUUUGUCAUCCCUACACACUGACCGUUCCUUUUUGUAGUGUUACAAUUUUUCUAUUGGUGAUCUCGAGGUUCUUCCCAGAUCAAUAUUCCAUGCUAAGACUUUUAUACUGCAUUUAUCCCACAUUCCAAGCCCAUUCCAGACGUAUGUUUCUCGUAUUUUGCACGUCUACAUUGUAGUUGUUUUUUGUGAAAUUUUUCCGCUGCUGAAGUAUUAUAAGUGUAUGCCUGCUGCGUGUAAGAUCAGCAUGUAAAUAAAUUCAUGUUUUCAGUUA